AUGUAUAAUUCUGGUAUGAGACAAAUGGAAGAGAGGCAUGUUGCGAAUCAAAUAGAUCUCAUGAUUUGGAGUCAUCGAUUGGAUUUAAUAGCUAUAAGUAAUUUGAAAGGUGAAGUGCAGGUACAUAGAUUACAUUGGCAGAAAGUUUGGAGUUUACCACCACCCAAAGAAAACACAAAAGUUGAUUCUAUGGCAUGGAGACCCGAUGGGAAAGCAUUAGCUAUUGGUUAUAAUAAUGGAAGUGUUUAUGUUAUUGAUAUUGAAGAUAAAUCAGUUAUUGAUAAAUAUGACUUUGUUCAGGAAUUUAAGGAUGAGACAGAAUUUAAGAAAUAUGGUAUUUCAUGCAUAUGCUGGGCUCUUAAAUCUGGUACUUUGGAAAGCACUACAGAAUAUAAUAUUUAUGAUGAUUCCAGUUUGUUUUUACAAAAUCCACCUAUGCCAAAUACUUCUUACAAAACUCAAAAUACCAAUGAAAAUGAUACAGAGUUCAAAGAUAGUUCAGAACAAUUUAACCAAUUAAAUUUGUUAAUAGUUGCAUAUGGUACAGGCACAAUAUUUAUAAGUGUAUUUGGUAGACAUCCUUAUAGAAGUGUUCACUUAUCGCAAUUUACAAAUGAUCCCCAAGGCAACUACAAAAUUCUUGACAUCCAACUCUCUGAUGACUUCAGUAUAAUGCAGGUUUUAUAUCUAGAGAGAUGCACUAAUAGGAUUAUGGUGUCAAUUAUCAACACAAGUGUUCUAUCAGCAUAUUCAGAAGAGCUGUCAAUAGUAGCAAAUUCACAGAUACAAAUAUAUCAAUUAUUGUCACGCCUGACUCGAACUAUGAAAGCUGUAACAGAAGCUUGGGAACAUAUUCUUCUAGAAAUGGAUACUAAAAUGGCUUUAUAUGCAUCUACAGUUCCAGAAGGAGGUGUUUCGGCCGAUUUAUUAGAAUUAUUAAUGCUAGGUGUACCUUCUGAUGAUUUAGAAGGGUUUCUUUUAAGAGAUUUAACAGCAAAAGGUCUUAAGAAGUUUGGUACCUCGGUUGAAUUAAGUUAUUCAACUAUUCAAAAACUAGUAUUGAAGAAACUAAAUAUUAUUGGCCAAAAUCUUGUAUACCAUUUGUCUGAGUUACGAGGUCAUGCAAAAAUUCCUGAUAGAUAUAAGAUAUUGGGUUUAGAUGAGCAAAAGGUGACUGCUGCAGUAAGAGCCUGCUUUGCUUUUUUGAACAAAUGCCUUGAACUGCAGCAAGUAAUCGAUGUAUCAAUGAGAAACUACAAAGCAUUUUUCCGUUGGCUGUUUGUUGUCAUUGUUCGUCUGUUAGAUGAACAAACUCCCAGUGAAAUUGUUAAGAUAACACAGCAGGAACUUACGCAUAUAGCAGACUUUUUAUACAACUUUGAUAAUGUUCAAGUGGACACAUCGGAGUCAAUAGAUAAACCCGUUAAGUUUAAUUUAGAAAGACUAGGCCAAUAUCUACAGGAUCAGGAAUUGACAAUUCUUCCAGACAAUGAUGACAAUCCGUGGCAUAAAAUCUUAAAAGAGAAUUUGUGUUUGUCCAAAGAUAAUGAUACAAUAUUUUGCAUAGAUGAAUUUAAAAAGUAUUCUCUUAUCCAACAACAAAACCAUAUGACAAAACACAUUGAAGAAGUAUUUGAUAUACACCAUAAAGAUAUUGCCCAAAAUUUCUCUGCCCUUUUUAACAUUAAAUGUUAUGACGCAGAUGCCCCUUUAGAAGUAGAAGAUAGUUUUAAGACUUCACAAAUAUUUGAUGUAGACCAACAAAGAUUUAUGAUGGCUUUAGUAAAUACAAAGGGUAAUUCUCAAAUUCUAUAUUUCAUGUCUGUGAGUGUAAAAGAGAGAUACUCUGCAUCAACAUGUCAAUAUGUUUUUUCAACUAGUCUGCUUAAAGACAGUAGUGAUCAAGGUGAAAAUUUAGAAAUAUUAGACAUACAAUUUUAUUCAUCUGAAAAUUUAUCUCUACUUUUGAAACAUCCAUCUUCUGAGGAUAGUACAGUAUUUGUUCAAUUACCUUUAAUAGUAGCCAUCGAAAGUGCUUCGGAAUUCAAUAUGAAAUGUAAAAAUUUAAUUUUCAACCAAUAUUUACCACAUACUGAUCUUGCCCCACUUCUUGAUCCUAGUGUUUAUAAAGUUAUGGAAAAAAUUUAUGGACAAAAAAUAGCUGUUUCGGGAGCAAGAAAAGUUGCUGUAGUGUUAUCAAAUAUUCAAAGAAAAGUGAAAAUAUUUGAAAUGGAAAUUAAUAGUGAAGAAGAAGAUGAUGAUAUCUUUGAUUCUACAUCACAAUCAAAUAUUACACAAGGUGAAACUAGUCAGACCAGUGAUAAGAACUCUACAAGGGAAAAUAUUUCAUUUUAA